AGUGGACUUACAAGUGUUUUUUGCCGAAACUACAGAAUACAACAACUAUGAAUAAUAUAAAAAUCGGCGACAACGUGCUUGUGAUUUGGAAGAACAGUUCACAAGAUGACAUCGGCAAUUUAGUCAACCAAAUCCAAGGCAUUUCUGGUGGAAAUAUUAUACUGGAAAACUCGGAUAUGAUUACAGAAUCAUCUCGACCAAUUUCAACAUUCGACGUGGUUCUUUCAAACUGGUUGAGUCCAAAUGCAGUACAGCACACCGACAGCCUACUCGCUAUCAUAGUUAAACUUCUCAAACCCAGUGGAAAGUUAGUUCUGAAAGAUGAAAAAGACUUAGUUACCACUCUCAAGUUGAAUGGAUUUGUGAAUGUUACUAAAGAGUUGGAUGGUGUUUAUGUAGCAGAGAAACCAAAGUUUGAGGUAGGCUCAAAAGCAUCUCUCAAGUUGGGGAACAAGCCAGCAGUGUGGAAAAUUGACGACACAAUAGAAGCAGCAUGGACUGGAGCCAAUGAUACGGAGACUAUUGACGCUGACCAGUUACUGGAUGAAGAUGAUUUGAAAAAACCUGAUAAGGAAUCUUUGAGAGUGUGUGCAACGACUGGCAAACGAAAGGCUUGCGCGGACUGUUCGUGUGGGUUGGCAGAAGAGUUAGCUGGAGAAAAGAAAGAUGCACCCAAAUCAUCCUGUGGAAGUUGUUACCUAGGCGACGCGUUUCGCUGCGCCACGUGCCCUUACCUUGGUAUGCCCGCCUUCAAACCGGGUGAGAAGGUAAAACUGGACCUUAAUUCUGAUAUAUGAAUGAGCACCUCUAGAAUAUUUAUGUACGCCUAGUAUUUCUAUGUUGUGAUAACUGAAAUAAACCUUUGUAAGUAAUUUUAUAUCUCUGUAGUUUUUUUGUAUAGUUAAUUUGUAAAUAGAACAUGCAUGAUAAGUGAGUGAUAUCUACGGACUAUCUCGUUGGACCAGCGGUUAGUAUUGUGGACGCUAGAUGCGGAGGUCUUGAGUUCGAUUCCCAGUAGAAUCAAUUAGUACUGUGACGAUGUGACCUCCUUCCAUCGUCAUCCCACCUUUUUAUCACCUUUUCUCUGGUUCCUGGCCAUUUCUUUUCAAAUUUUAAGUCGUUCUUUAAUUCCUUUGCCUCGUCAUUCUUAUUUUGUUUCGUCCCGUCGUCAUUUUUUGCUCAAUCGCUGAACCGACCGUUUCAACCUAAAUAAUGUGCCAAUUUUAAUACUAAUCUAACCUUGUAAUAUUGUAUAACUCGGCCCUUUCGGGGUAUGUCUGUCUCACGUUUUUAGUACUUAAGU